AUGCGUCGAAUCGAGGCAGUUGGAGUCGCCGAACACACCGAGACGUCCGCUGCGUCGCGAGGCGGACCCGGGCUGCAGGAGGCCGAGGACGCUGAACCGGGGGUCGCUUCCAUCAGUGGAAGGGGUCAACCGAAGGGACGAGAACAGCGCUUUCUGCUUCUUAUCGAAGGAGCUCGUGGCGUCGUCGGAGAGGCGUCUGGACCGAUCAAUGAUUUGGGCUCCGACGUCAACAAGAGUCGAACGAAGCACCAGGCCGCGUGCGCCUUUGUCUGUGGUCGUCGGAAAGCCGACAAUAUGCGUGCCGGAUGGAUAAUUGACUAA